AUGUCAAGCAAAGGAAGGUACGAUUCACGUGAUCGACGUGGAGGAGGAGACAUGAGUUCCAGACAUAGUGGACGCGAUAGAGAUAACUUUAGGGGCCGUGGCGGCGGACAGGGUGGAAGAGGAGGCUUUAAGUCUCUAAAAGGGUCCCAACCCGGAGAGAGAUUGAGGAAACCAAAAUGGGACCUGUCCACCUUGCAAAAAUUUGAAAAAAACUUUUACAAAGAACAUCCCUCCGUAACAUACAGACCAGCAGAGGAAAUCAGAGCAUUUCACAGAGACAAACAGAUUACAAUCCAAGGGAAAGAUAUCCCCAAUCCUAUUUUCACAUUUGAGGAAGGCGGUUUUCCAGACUAUGUUAUGAGUCAGGUUCGUAGAAACAGUUGGCUGGCACCAACUGCUAUUCAAAGUCAGGCUUGGCCUAUUGCUCUGUCGGGGAGGAAUUUAGUUGGCAUAGCACAGACUGGAUCUGGGAAGACUUUAGGGUUCAUGCUUCCUGCUAUUGUUCAUGUGAACAAUCAGCCCUACCUGGAACAUGGGGAUGGACCAAUUGUGCUUGUUCUAGUACCAACAAGAGAGCUGGCACAACAGGUUCUUGAAGUAUCAAAUGAAUUUGGUAGAGCCUCUCAGAUACGCUGUGCCUGUGUGUAUGGAGGAGCUCCCAAGGGACCUCAGCUGCGCGAUCUAGAGAGAGGGGCAGAAAUUUGCAUCGCCACUCCUGGUCGCUUGAUUGACAUCCUUGAAGCUGGUAAAACCAACCUUCGACGUACAACUUACCUGGUUUUAGAUGAAGCAGAUAGAAUGUUGGAUAUGGGAUUUGAGCCUCAAAUCAGGAAAAUCCUGGAACAGAUUAGGCCUGAUCGUCAGACUUUAAUGUGGAGUGCUACCUGGCCCAAAGAAGUUCGCAGACUUGCUGAGGAAUUUUUGAAUGAUUACAUCCAGGUGAACAUUGGUUCCAUGCAGCUAACAGCCAAUCACAACAUUCUGCAGAUCAUUGAUGUAUGCAUGGAUCAUGAGAAAGAAGAGAAACUUGUCAAACUUCUGAACGAGAUCAUGCAGGAAAAGGAAAAUAAGACCUUGAUAUUUGUUGACACAAAACGUAAAGCAGAUGAUAUAUCAAAGAGAAUGAAGAGAGAUGGGUGGCCUGUGAUUAGUAUCCAUGGAGACAAAAGUCAGCAAGAAAGAGAUUGGGCCCUCAAUGAUUUCCGCAAUGGGAGAAAUCCUAUAUUGAUAGCCACGGAUGUAGCAUCAAGAGGCUUAGAUGUGGAAGACAUCAAGUUUGUUAUCAACUUUGACUAUCCAAACUGCUCGGAGGAUUAUGUCCAUCGUAUCGGUCGCACAGGACGUUCCACAAACACAGGAACAGCAUACACAUUUCUGACCCAAAAGAACGCUAAACAAGCCACAGAUCUGAUCAAUGUACUUAGAGAGGCUAAGCAAGUCAUCAGUCCAAAACUUCUUCAGCUGGAGGAAAACUCUAAAGGAUUUCAUGGUGGCCGUGGUGGACGAUGGAGGGGUCAGGACAACAGACGAGGUGGCGGUGGCAGUCGUUACUCGGGAAGCAGCAGCAGCAGUCUUGGAGGAGGCAGUAGCAGUCGAUUCUCCAGCGGCAACUCAUUCAGUGGUGGUGGUGGCUUCAAACCGCAGAACAGUUACAACAACAGUAGCAGUAGUAGUAGCAGCUUCAAGCCGCAGGGAAGCUUCAACAACAGCAGCAACAGCAGUAGUACCAGCAGCUUCAAGCCACAGGGGACUUUCAACAGCAUGAGCAACAUGAACGGAUAUGGCUCUGCCCAGAAUAGCUCUGGCUACAAACCGUACCAGGCUCCAGCUGCCCCAGGGGGCUUCAAGGGUCAGUGGAACCAGGGGGGUGUCACUGCUGCAUCACUGGCAUCCAUACAACCAGCCCAGGGCCCCCCUUCUGCCGGAAGGUUUUAA